GGCAAUACAGAAGAAUCCGGUGGCCAGACUUCAAGUAAUGACAAGACAGAGCCCGCCCAGUCGAGGACCAAGCGUCGCAGCCGGGAGAUGGGUCGAGUCGUGCGGGGGCUCCAGAUGUUGAGGCUCGGCAAACGGGACAGCGUGUCCACAAGCGAAGACCCCGGCGACAUAGACGACAUUUUGAGCUUGCUGCAGGCGUACCAAGAGCAGAACCCGGAAUUCGCUUUUAACGAAGAAGAGAGGGAAUUGUCCGGGGACGAGUUAGAAGUACCUGAACACCACAGGUUCAGGAGGUCAACAGAGAACUCAGGGGUGGCACCGCAAGAGGUUCAGCAAUCACAGUCGUUCAAGGACAGUGGAGAGCAUGAACUCAAACUUGAAGAGGCGGAGCCCUAUUUGUAUUUUCCAGACGGCGAUUUUUAUUACGGAGACGUGGACGAGCUUCUCGAAGGAGACAACGAAGAUGGGAGCGCUGAUAAACGUCAGAUCCCCAUGCUUAGGUUAGGAAAACGGUCAAUGAGUAUGUUGAGGUUAGGCAAGCGGGAAGAGGACGACGCUGAUUUUGAUGAGGAGAAAAGAAGUCUUAGCAUGCUGAGGCUUGGAAAACGUGAGGAUGACAACUUUGAAGACAGCUUCGAUGAGGAAAACGACAAAAGAUCUCUGUCGAUGCUUCGCCUUGGCAAACGGCCAAUGAGCAUGCUCCGUUUAGGCAAGCGCCCAAUGAGCAUGCUCCGUUUAGGCAAGCGACCAAUGAGCAUGCUCCGUUUAGGAAAGCGACCAAUGAGCAUGCUUCGUCUAGGUAAACGACCAAUGAGCAUGCUCCGUUUAGGAAAGCGACCAAUGAGCAUGCUUCGUCUAGGUAAACGACCAAUGAGCAUGCUUCGCCUGGGCAAACGACCCAUGAGCAUGCUACGAUUAGGAAAGCGUCCAAUGAGUAUGCUGAGGCUAGGAAAACGAGAAGAUGACGAGGAAAAACGAUCUCUGGCCAUGUCCUGAAUCAGUAAAAGCUCUGUGGAAUAAAAGCGUUGUUUAGGGUUGUUUUUUUUGUUUUUUUUUGGUUUUUAUUUGAUUUGUACUUUUUUUCCAAAGAACAAAAAUGAUUUUAAAUAUGCUUGACUAAAACUAUGAAUGUUACAUUGCCUUCAAUGCUGAUUUACUUGGAAAUAUAGAAACUAUAGAUCUGUUAUUUUCGCUGAAAGGAAACAAUUUAUGAUAUAAAUUAAACUCAUGUAACUGAAUGUAGAGCUGUUAUCUAAUUAUACAAGUAAUUUAAUUAUUGUAUAUUUCUGAGGCAUUCCCAAUUGUAGGUUUACAUCUGAAAAUACAUGAUAAUAAACAAAACGCUGUAAAUUGACCACAUUGGUGUUUUUUAUGGUAGCCCAGUUAUGUGAAGACAAAAAGACUUAUAUUUAUAUAUAUUCGGUGCACCAUUUAUUCGGGGUACCCCACGGCUGACAAGCCCUUGACAACUCUCUGGCAACCCAAUACUUUCAUUGCUGUAUUUCUGGUCAUGGCUCAUGCCAGCGUACCAUUAAAAUAUGCUCGAGUAGGUUUAUAUUUAUACUUAUAUCAAGGAUGAGAUCGCAAGGGUACAUAAACGACUUUAUUGUUAAUUUUUAAAAAAAAAUAACAACACAUUUUUUUUUAAAUUGAAGUGAGAGUUGCAAAGACCUGGUGAUUGUAAUUUGUCCAUUUAUAAACAGUAUAAGGAAGAAGACGAAAAAACCCAUAAUAUAAACAUUAUAUCCUUUGAUACUUUCUUUAAAGAAGAAACCUGAUUAAGCAAUAAACAGAUGAGCUAUGUAUAAUUACUUUUUUUUCGCCAUCUUUUAUUCUUCAUUUUUGUUUAGUUCGUGGCGUUUGCAACGGACACUUUGGAGGAACUGAAAAAUAAUUAACAUUUUAAUAGUGUUACGAUGGAAACAUUUUUUUUUCUCUUGUGCUAAACGAAAGACGAUUUGUUCGGCAGGCGGUAAAUCCAAGUUGAUUUAAAUACGGAAAAUGGACCAUUUGUUUGUUUUUUUUUUGUUGUUUUUUAGAAACGUACUGAUGUUUAUGUAAACUAAACCAGC